AUGAGUUUUGGUGUGCUGUUGCCUGGGAAACCACCGAUCACAGAAUUUGAAGUUCGCGGAGACUCCCAGUUGACGCUCUGCAUACCAGAAGUCACGAGUGUGACGCACGUGACCGUCUUUGCAAUCCAGCCCCCUCCCCUUCCCGAUGGAUACACUUAUGGCAUCUAUCUGCAGCAGGGGCACAAUCUUUGGGUAUGCAUCGGGUUAAUCCAUGCAGGCUGUCACUCCAUCUCCGUGGCUAUCGGCAAGUACAUGGUCGACAAACAGAUAAACUACACCGGGUAUAUUCACAUUACCAUAGCGACCACUGAGGAUUGCAUGAGGGCACUAGAAGACGCCAGAAGCAAGUAUGAUAUCAAGGAUCGGGGGCACCAGCUGCUUGAUCAGAUUGGCGAGGCUUUAGCCAACGAUCUAGUGAAGUAUCUUGUUUCUUAUGAAGGAAUAGACUAUAACGGAGAUCAGUACAUUCCAAGCGGUGUACUGGACAAGUGGACAGAAACGUAUCACCAGAGGGUCAGUACGUCUAGUCGAUUUUGGCGCCCGCUUGAUUCUUCUUGUCUGUGUGUAUCUCAUCAAACGUCACCACAACCUCAUCAGUAG